GCGGCGGGAGCGCGCACGGGAACGCGCCGAGCUCCCGGAAGCCGACGAUUCUCUUUCUAUACAGGCGCGGCGGCGGUGGCGGCUUGACUCUCCUCUCUCCCUCCACCUCCUUCAUCAUCCGUGGCCUCGGACUCCUCUUCCUCUCGCGUCCGGACGGAUUGUUGGUGGAAAUGUCUCGGUCAAAGAAGAUCGGGAAUCACAACAAUGGCAGAAAGAAAAACAUGGCAAAGCUGUGGAAGACCAAAAGGCGAACUAAAGAUUUAGACCAAGUUCAUGAAGACAUGAAACCGGAAAAUGCAAGCAAAUUACUGCACCAGGCUGCAGACUGCGACGUUACUGGAAAUGCACAGUUCUACUGCUUGCACUGCGCGCGAUAUUUUAUUGAUCAGAGAAGUCUCAAAGAACACUUCAGAACAAAAGUUCACAAACGCAGACUAAAAAAAUUGAGGGAAGAACCGUACACGCAGGAGGAGGCAGAGCGAGCAGCCGGGAUGGGAUCCUACAUCCCAGCAAAGAAGGUCAAGGUCGAGACACAGGCCGCGGAAGAGGAAAUGACAGUAACAUAACUCAUGGACAAGAUACGUUUUGUUCUUGCAACUGCUGUUAAUUAAGAACUGGCUUUGAUCGUGCUGAUUUAUUGACCAUCUUUCAAGUUAAAAUUAUAUUAAAAAUACGCCCAAAACCA